AUGGCAAUCCAUUAUUCCUCUCUCUUCUUGUUUUUCGUCGUCGCGAUGGCUUACGCGACUGAGGCCCGCCGCCUCCUCGAGUUGCCAGCUUUGCCUAAGCUUGAAAUUCCAACUCUCCCUAUGCCCGAAUUGCCCAAGCCCGAGAUUCCUGAGUUGCCUAAACUCGAGAUUCCAGAAUUCCCUAAGCCCGAGAUUCCAGAAUUGCCAAAACCGGAGAUCCCAGAAUUCCCUAAGCCUGAGAUUCCAGAUGUCUCAAAGUUGCCAAGUCUUCCGAAGCUUGAGGUCCCUCAACUUCCGAAGUUUCCAGAAGAGUCCAAAUCACCUUGAUUUCCUUACUACAAACAACGGAGGCACGACUCUUUCAUAAAAUAUUUACCAUCAUUUUAAUUAUACUAUAUUUAUAUGCAUAGUGUUGUUAUUUGUGUAUUAAUUAUCUUGCCAAUGAUGAGCAUGUAUGUUGCUCACAAUUAUCAGACGCAUAUCGAUAAUUAUUUUGUCAAUGUAUUUUGACUUGUGCUUUGCCAGACAAGUCCUUGAUUUUAAAUGAAAUUUUUUAUUUUAAUGUUUA